UUAUUUAAUCAUUAAUCUACAAGUGAUUAUGGCAUGAACUAUUUGCUCAAAUUAAUCUCACUUGAAAAUAAUACGAUCAACUUACACGAAAAUUUUAACACCUUUGAUAAUCUCUUUUUAAGCCCGCGAAUCCAUUAUGUCAACUAAAUUAGGCGCCCCUUUUAUACAAACAACCAUCGUUACUCUCUUUCAUUUAUCCUUUCUCACUUUAAACCCAUCUGCUGCUCGUUGGUCAGGCAAUCCACCUGAGUAUCAACUCUUUCGAACUUAUUCAUCAAACCAGUGUCCGCCACUGGAUAUUGCUAAUGGAUAUGUACGCAUUGGUAGGAGAACCGCUCGAUUUCGAUGCCAGAGAAACUUUACAUUGGUUGGCGAUCAAGUUAUUUAUUGUCGUGGCGAUGAAUGGUCAGGAAAAAUACCAGUUUGUGCAGCUGCUGGAUGCUUGAAACUUAGAGCACCAAAGCAGGGUAUAAUUAAAUCUACAUAUCGGGAUGUAUCUGCGACCAUCAGUUGUAAUCCUGGAUACUCGGUUGAAGGUUCAGCAACUGUUUAUUGUGAUGGCCGCUAUUGGAAUGCCUCUUAUACACAGAUCUCUAACAUGUGUAAAAAAUCGUUAAAGGACCCAUUGACUUCAUGUGACUUUGAAUCUUAUAGUCUUUGUGGAUGGACAUCCGAUGACCCGGAACGAAUAAUUUGGACAGGAUCCGAUUCAUACCAAUACCGACCUUAUGGAAUAUUAUCCUUAACUGAUCACUCUGGAACAGGUCAUAUGAUGCUUGCUUGGAGCUCAACAUCACCAACGGCAAUAAAUCGUUUGUACUCGCCCGUUUUUGAGGCAAAACACAGUGAAGCGUGUUUUGUAUUUUGGUAUCAUCUCGGUGAGGUUGAUAAAAUAACCAAUCCUUCUCCGUUCAAAAUAUACAUCAAACCUGAACUGAUUGCUCUUUCUGAUGUAACUCCAUGGGAUUUCGUUACUCCUGUCGAAGCUUAUAGUAAAUGGACUUCAGGGCAAGUUUAUGUACCAAAAUUGAACCAAGAUUGGCAAAUUGUGUUUGAAUUCAGUUCGUGGCAAAAUAUUUAUGCUUUCGACGAUUUCUCUCUUCAAGAUGCUACCCAAUGUGCUUCUCGAACAGCACAAUUUACUGGAAUUAAAAAUAAUUGGCUUUCUUGUAAAGAUCGAUGCUCAUCUUCAUUGGCUCUCGAACCUGCCAGCUCUUGUAGUUGUAUUAUCUAUUGCACUUUUCUUGAUACUUGCUGUCCUGAUUAUUCAUUAUAUUGUUUAGCUAAUUCAACCAAAGAAGACAAUGAUGACCUCAUGGACUUCGAUAAAAAUGACACCAAUGAAACAUCGUCAAUAACCUUAUCGACCCUUGAAACAACAUCUGGUCACUAUGUGCCACCCUUACCUACUCUACCUCUUACCACUCUUACAUGGCUUUUCACUACUUAUCCCACUGCAACCACACAAUCAACUACAAAACAACCAAUGAAAACUGUUAAAGCUAACCUGACAACGCAAAGUCCCGUUUUAAUGACGGAUACUACAAAACCUUCGUCAACUAACAUUCCAGUACAAUUUCCGGUAACAUCGCCCACAUCUGUCAAGGAAACUAAAGUAACUGCGUUGAUAAAUGGUUCAUCUCUAUCUACAAGCUCUGUGACCCAACAAUCAGUCACCACAACAACUGAAUCGGUUAAUAAAACACUCACAACAGAAGACCAAAAGCUGAUCAAAACAAAUUCCUCGACUGAUAUUGCCAGUAAAAAUACUACUGAUUCAUUUGGUAACAGUACUCUACUGGAUUCUGUAGAAAUCAUCAAUCAAACCACAACUCUAAGCACUCAUGAUUCAUCGAUAAUAUCAAGCAGAUCGAAUAAUUCAACAGUCAAAUUAAAAUCCUUCAAUGGUGAAAAGGCUAAAUUGAGUGUCUCACAGAGCUCUAAAAUGGAAACCAUUUCAAUACUGCUUGGUGCUUUCAUGAUUGUUUCUCUGAUAAGUGUUGUUAUCCUUUGGAAGAAACAUAAAAAGAUUUUUGGAUCGAGCGUUUCAGCUGAUUCUGAGUUGCGGUUUCUUGCCCAAGAAGAAGAUAAUUGAACAAAUUGAUAACUUCAUAAAAGAAAAGCAACUUUACAAUUUGGCCUUUUAUGGUUUCUCUGAAACUCUAAAUCUCAAAAAUUUUAUAAUAAUUAUUCAGUAAAAAAUUGGUAAAUUUUUAAUAUAAAACACGAUUUUUUCUUUAACUACGUAAUAACAAUUCGAAUAUUGAUGCUCACUUGUUUUUUCCGAUGUAUAAUAAAUUUUACAAUGAUUUAAAUGUAUUUUUUGACAAGCUCAAUAAAUUCAAUGAAGAAACCUGA